GGCUGGCCGCUUCCAAAUAUUUUUAUAAAAAGUUUUGAUAAUAAGAAUAAUAAGUUUUAAGAAUAAGAAUAAGCAGUCGAAUUUAAGUAAAAGCAGGGAGACAAUGGCCCGCUUAGUCUCGGGAGUCCGUACACUAUUCCGUCGAUAUCCGUUCGUGACCAAUAGCGCCAUCUAUGGGAGUCUGUACGUGGGCGCCGAGUACUCCCAGCAAUUCGUAUCCAAGCGCUGGCUGGCCCCGGCGACCGAGCGCGAGGAUAUCGAUUAUGCAACAAUAGGAAGAUAUGCUGUGAUGGGCACCGCAGUGUAUGCCCCAACUCUUUACUUUUGGUACAAAUGGUUAGAUCGCGUUUUUCCCGGCAGCACCAAGGUCGUAAUAGUUAAGAAGUUGGUACUGGAUCAGUUUGUUCUAACGCCUUAUCUACUGACCGUGUUUUAUGCAGGCAUGUCCUUGAUGGAGGGCUCCGAGGAUACCUUCUUGGAACUGCGCGAGAAGUUCGUGCCGACUUUUAUGCGCUCCUGUAUUUUCUGGCUGCCCGCCCAGGCCUUGAACUUCUCCCUGGUGGCGCCCCGGUUCCGCGUUAUCUAUAUGGGUGUUUGCGGUCUGAUUUGGGUGAAUAUUCUCUGCUGGACCAAGAGGCAGAGUCUCCCAGUGGCUGUCAAGGCAAACGCAACUGAAAGCACGAAACCUUUAGCUUCCAUAAGGAAUUCCGAAACAUGAGAUUUGAACACCAUGGUGUGUACUGUACUAUAUUCUAUAUAGUUCUAGAUAGAUCCUGACAAAUAAAGGCAGUAUGAAAAGGG